ACCUCCUGUGACCAAGAAAGGCCAUAGUAAAAGGAGCCAGUUCAUAGCCAUGGCCACCUUCGCUGUCCAACAAUCCGCAUUUUCCGGCCAGACUGCUUUGAGGCAACCCAAUGAGCUCAUCCGCAAGGUUGGUGCCGUCGGCGGCAGCCGCAUCACCAUGAGGAGAACAGUCAAAAGUGCUCCCCAAAGCAUCUGGUAUGGCCCGGACCGUCCCAAGUACUUGGGUCCUUUCUCCGAGCAAACCCCAUCGUACCUGACCGGAGAAUUCCCCGGUGACUAUGGCUGGGACACUGCUGGACUAUCAGCUGACCCAGAGACAUUCGCCAAGAACCGUGAGCUGGAGGUGAUUCACUGCAGAUGGGCCAUGCUCGGUGCUCUCGGCUGCGUCUUCCCUGAAAUUCUUUCAAAGAAUGGUGUCAAAUUUGGGGAAGCAGUCUGGUUCAAGGCCGGAGCUCAGAUCUUCUCCGAGGGAGGCCUGGACUAUCUCGGCAACCCCAAUCUCAUCCAUGCUCAGAGCAUUCUAGCAAUCUGGGCUGUCCAAGUUGUGCUCAUGGGAUUCGUUGAAGGAUACAGAGUCGGUGGAGGUCCCCUCGGGGAAGGCCUGGAUCCAAUCUAUCCUGGUGGUGCUUUUGACCCACUUGGAUUAGCUGAUGACCCUGAUGCAUUCGCAGAGUUGAAGGUGAAGGAGAUCAAGAACGGACGCUUGGCAAUGUUCUCCAUGUUUGGGUUCUUCGUUCAGGCAAUUGUCACUGGAAAGGGUCCGAUUGAGAACCUGUUCGACCAUAUUGCCGACCCGGUCGCGAACAAUGCCUGGGCUUAUGCGACUAACUUUGUCCCUGGAAAAUGAGAAAUCUAGUUUGAUGUUGUAACAUUACUCGACUGUUUGUGGUGGAUUAAGUGCUGAUGUGAUUUACUUUCUAUGAAUUGCUGCUGGUCUUGAGCUAUAAUAUAUGAUUAGAUCUUUUGUACAUGAACUUGUACCUUUCAUGUUGGUUGUGCUUUAAGCCUACUUAGUGUGCUUUUAAAUUAACUUUUUAAAAAUAG